AUGGUGCAUGGGAAGGCGCAGCAAACCAAUUUUCGUAUUUUUAUAAACGAAUUUGCCAUCAAUCUUGGGGUCAAGGAUCUUUUCGAAGAAGCUAAUUGUGAAGUAUCCCGAUUUCGCUUUGUCAACUGUAAUAUGAUGAUUCGACGCAAUAUUGAUCAGGUGGACGUAGAGGCAACCCUGGACAUUCUAAAGACCAACAAUAAGACAAUGCGUCUCUUUAAUGUACGCUUGGAUGGUUGUCAAUUUUUUAACACUCUUCACAAGAAUCUCCUGUUUAAUGUGUUUGCAAAGAGUCUGACUAAUGCAAUACACGGUAGUCUAAAAUGUCCGGUUAUAUCGCACUUUAACUACACGCUUAACAAUUGGACUCUGGAAGAGACCGACUUUCCUAACUAUAUGCCCGAAUGCCAGUUCAGGACUAUUAUUAAAUUUUUAGAACAUGAUAAGACGGUCCAUUUUAACUACACGAUCUCCAAUAUGCAUGUGGAUGAGGCCGAUUUUCCCCAAUAUGUGCCCGAAUGUCAGUUCAAGACUCUAACAAAAUUUUAUACAGAAAAGAAAAUGGUCUUACGACUGGUCAUGGAGGGUAGGGUCGAGUAUAAGAAUUAA